GCCACUGAGCUGGGCCUGUGUGGAAGCCUCAGGGGCUGGGCCUGAGACCCAGGAUGGUGGGCACAGGUGCCCCCGUCUCCUGCUCCUGUCUCCCUGGCUCACUCGGUCUCACUGCACCCUGCUGGUGGCUGAGGGCCCGACCAGGGAGGUUGGAGAACAUCGCAGGGUCCUCGCUGGGCAGCCCUGCUGGUGGACAGCGCACCAUGAGCUGCCCGGUGUUUGGUGCACAUCGACUGCAUCCAGAGUGGGCGGGGAUGGAUUUAAAAUUAGACAACGGUCCUGGCAAUCAAUAGGCAGAUUAUUAGAACCAUAAAUAGAACUUUAGGAUUCAGAUGAGGUCAUUUCCCCUGAACCAGGGCAUUGAUCAUUAGCGUGGCUGGAAUGCUAAUGGCGCCUGUUAGACUCUAGAAUUAAGUACUUGUGAAGAGACGCGCUGCAGAUUUCCAGCGCAGACCAUCCGCUACCCCUGGGCCAAGCGAGGUUGUUCCAAGCGAACACUGACCGGGGGCCAGCGGGUGGGAUGGGGUGCUGCAGCCCCCGUGUUACAUGAUGUGGAGAGGAUGGGGCACUUUGGCCUCAGCCUGGGCUUGGCAGGGGAUGCUGAGUGUGGCUGGGUCUGGCCAGAGGCUGGUCCUUGGAGGGCGGUGGGUGGCCCGGGGCUCCCAGGGCCCCUGCAGCCAUAGGAGGGUCUGGAACAUCCCACGUCUUGACUGUCCAGAGACUCCUGGGCUGUGGAGCCGCCUGGCCUGGCUCUCCAGUGGUUCUUUCCGGGCUGUCGGGCCAGGGCAGUGCUGCCAUUGCAGAGGACAGAAGCUGCCCAUGGAGCCUGGCCCUGUGUCUGUCCCCCAUCCCACCUGCCCUGAGAGCUCUGGACAGUGGUUGUGGGGGCCACCCCAGUGCCCUGCCCACGCCACCAGAGGCUGCCAGGGCCUGGGACACGCUGUAAACGGAGCUGCGACACCCAGGCUCUGGACUUGAGAGCCACAGUGGGUUGGAAGUGGCACAGUGGAGCCCCCACAGAGGGCGGCCCGGUGGUCGAGGUGGGGUGCUGGAGGUAUUGGUGGUGGCCCUGAGGAGCUAGGGUGCCUCUGUGCGUAGAAGUUGGGUGUCACCAGCUUGGAGGCUCCUGCCAGGCCUGGCUCCAGAGGGGGUCCCGUGGUCCUCAGGGCUGAGACGGACCGGGCAGGGGCGGAUCUUGCAACUCAGGGCCGUCCAGGCCCCAGGGCCCUUUGGUGAUAAGGCCAGAGCUUGUGAGUGGGUGAGUCCCCCUCACGAGGCUCUGCACGGUGGGCACAUCCACAUGCAUGCAGGGGUGACGGUGGCAACUGGGAGUUUGCUGUGAGCCUCCGGGCUGUCUCCCCCACUUUUCAGCACAAAACAGCACCCAGGGAAGCGUUUCUCUUGGGGGCUGGUGUCUUUCGGGGGCCAGACCUUACAGACCUGUGCAGGCCUAGAGGGCUCCUAAGGAAAGGGUUAGCUUGGCGUUUCCUAACUGUGCCCCCCGAGGUGGCAGGUGCUCUCCGCCGGGUGCCUGGUGCCUGCUGUGGUUCAGAAGCUCCUGCUGGGGCGGGGCCCUCGGCUGUGUGCCCCCUGGACUCACGCUGUCCCCCGCCGCGUUUCCUCCCGUGGCUGCCGUGGCACCUCCGUCAUGUGUUCUGUUUGGCUGCCCGCCCCGCUCUCUUCUGCCCCUGUGUUGUGGUCUUCCCUCUCGCCGUCCUCCCCUGCCCCCGGCUCUCGCUUUGCCAGACGGCUUCUUUUGGCAUGCCUGGGCUCUGCUUCCGGCAGGAAUUGGCAGUGGCCGUCCCGGCGGAUGGGGCGGUGUCCCGGCAGCGCGUGGGAUGGUGGAGCCGAGGCGCGUGCCGGACUCCUGAGACAGGCUGAGGCAGCGGUGGCUGCUGUGGCAGUGGCAGACUCGGUCCGAGAAGGCGCCCCCAUGGCAGGCCCUGAUGGCUUGUCGAAGGCCUGGGGCCGUGGUGGGGCCUGCACAUCGGCCCUGGUCACCCCGACCCCGGGCUCGGUGGGGGGCUCCACAGGCCCCUCCACUGCAGCCUCCUUCUUCAUAAGGGCUGUGCAGAAGCUCAGCUUGGCCUCCAAGCGCAAGAAGCCCCACCCGCCACCGCCUCCAGCCUCCCGCGGCGCCUCUACCUACCCCACCGACUUCAGCGGGGUCCUGCAGCUGUGGCCGCCCCCAGCACCCCCCUGCCUGCUCAGGGCCACCUCCAAAACCAAGGACAACCCCGGCAGCAUUGGGAAGGUGAAGGUCAUGCUGCGGAUCUGGCCGGCACAGGGGGCCCAGCGCUCGGCCGAGGCCAUGUCCUUCCUGAAGGUGGACCCCCGGAAGAAGCAGGUGAUCCUCUACGAUCCGGCCGCCGGUCCCCCGGGCAGCGCAGGGCCCCGGCGAGCCGCCACGGCUGCAGUUCCCAAGAUGUUUGCCUUCGAUGCUGUGUUCCCCCAGGACUCUGAGCAGGCGGAAGUCUGCUCGGGGACCGUGGCCGACGUGCUCCAGUCGGUGGUCAGCGGGGCUGAUGGCUGCAUUUUCUCCUUUGGCCACAUGAGCCUGGGCAAGUCGUACACCAUGAUCGGGAAGGACAGCUCACCCCAGAGCCUUGGCAUCAUGCCCUGCGCCAUCUCCUGGCUCUUCCGGCUCAUCGAGGAGCGCAAGGAGAGGAUGGGCACCCGCUUCUCUGUCCGGGUCUCGGCCGUGGAGGUGUGCGGCCGUGACCAGAGCCUGCGGGACCUGCUGGCUGAGGUGGCCUCCAGCAGCCUCCAGGAUGCCCAGUCUCCGGGAGUCUACCUGAGGGAGGACCCCAUGUGUGGGGUGCAGCUUCAGAGCCAGAGCGAGCUGCGGGCACCCACGGCCGAGAAGGCGGCCUUCUACCUGGACGCGGCCCUGGCGGCCCGCAGCACCAGCCGGGCAGGGUGUGGCAAGGACACCCGUGGCAGCUCCCACAUGCUGUUCACGCUGCACGUCUACCAGCACCGCGUGGAGAAGUGCGGCCGGGGAGGAAUGUCCGGAGGCCGCAGCCGUCUGCACCUCAUCGACCUGGGCAGCUGUGAGGCGGCACCUGGCAGGGCCGGGGAGGCCGCCGGGGGUCCCUUGUGUCUGUCCCUAUCAGCCCUGGGCAGCGUCAUCCUGGCCCUGGUCAAUGGAGCCAAGCACGUGCCCUACCGGGACCACAGGCUCACCAUGCUGCUGCAGGAGUCCCUGGCCUCCGCUGGCUGCCGCACCACCAUGAUCGCUCAUGUGUCGGACGCGCCGGCCCAGCAUGCGGAGACGCUCAGCACCGUGCAGCUCGCUGCCCGCAUCCACCGCCUCCGCCGGAAGAAGGCCAAGUACGCCUCCAGCUCCUCUGGCGGGGAGAGCUCCUGCGAGGAAGGCCGUGCCCGUCGGCCACCACACCUGCGGCCCUUCCACCCGCGCACUGUGGCUCUGGACCCCGACCGCAUGCCCCCCGGCUUGCCCGGCGACCCUGAUUACUCCUCCAGCAGUGAACAGUCCUGUGACACGGUCAUCUACGUGGGGCCCGGUGGGGCGGCGCUGUCAGACCGGGAGCUCACUGACAACGAGGGUCCACCUGACUCUGUGCCCAUCAUCCCUGCCCUGAGCCGCCACCGGACCCCCAAGGGCCCCCGAGAUGCAGACCACUUCCGCUGCAGCACCUUUGCAGAGCUGCAGGAGCGGCUGGAAUGCAUGGACGGCAGCGAGGGCCCCUCGGGAGCCCUGGGUGGCACUGACAGAGUUCAGGCCAGCCCCGCCCGAGGGGGCCGGAAGCCCUCGCCACCAGAGGCUGCGUCCCCCAGGAAGGCCGUGGGCACCCCAAUGGCUGCCAGCACCCCUCGAGGCAGCCCUGGCCUAGACCCCCACCAGGGUACUCCCGAGCUGCCUUCCAAGGCCAGUGUCUGGGGUCACCAGAGAGAGGACAGCAGCACCCGGACUGAGCUGCUGGUUCCGGACAAGGCCACAGUGGGCGGAGGCAGGAGGCCACUGCCCAGCCCAGCUCCCCCACCCCCGCAGCUGCUGGAAGCCUGCAGAGCCCCAGAGGAGCCUGGGGGAGGAGGUGCUGAUGGGGUGGCACGGACCCCUCCUGUGGGCAUGAGUGGGCAGGCGGCCAGGUCCCCGAUGCUUCCUGGGUCCACCUGCCCCCACCUGGCUGCCAGCAGUCGCCGUCCAGAGCAGGGCCUGCUCACCACCACGGUGACCCUGCAGCGGCCCGUGGAGCUGAACGGCGAGGAUGAGCUGGUGUUCACGGUGGUGGAGGAGCUGUCUCUGGGGGGCCUCUCCGGAGCGGGGCGACCCUCUAGCUUGGCUAGCUUCGGCAGCGACUGCUCCCUCCAGGCCCUGGCCUCAGGGUCCCGGCCAGUCAGCAUCAUCAGCAGCAUCAACGAUGAGUUUGACGCCUAUACCUCGCAGGCCCCUGACGGGGGUCCCCUGGAGGGGGCGGCCUGGGCCGGCAGCGGUCACAGCUCCUCUAUCAGCUCCUGGCUCAGUGAGGUCAGCGUCUGCACUGCCGACAGCCGUGGACCCACACCACAGCCCCCCUUCAGCCCCGACUCACUGGCAGGGCCCGACCCUGGGGCCCCCCCUGCCCUGCAUGGUUCCUUGGGGGACGGCAGCUCCGGGUUAUUAGAGCUGGACAGGCCUGACAGUCCCGGGCCAGCCUGGGGUCGAUGCCCUGGGGAGGUGGAAGCGGUGGCCCCAUCCCGACCCGGCAGGGAGCCCCAGGCCGGGCCCUCUCGGGCGGCGUCCACAGCACAGACCAUCCACUCCAGCCUUCCUCGGAAACUGAGGUCUGCCUGUGCCGCCAGCCGCGUGGGCUGCACUCGCCUGGGCCAGAGCCCACCUGGCCGUGGGGGCCUCUUUGAGGACCCGUGGCUGCUCCGGGCGGGAGAGUGUGACACCCAGGCAGCUUCUGCUGGCAGGGACCCCAGCCCCACCCCGGGCUCCCCCCGGCUGUCUGAGGCCCAGGCCAUGCUAGCCUGUGCCCAGAGGGUGGUGGACGGGUGUGAGGUGGCAGCCAGGGCUGCCCACAGGCCAGAGGCCGUGGCUCAGAUCCCACCGCUGCGGAGGGGUGCCACCACGCUGGGUGUGACAACACCAGCUGUGUCCUGUGGGGACGCUCUGGCGGAGGUGGUGGCCUGCUCCGGCAGCCUGAAGGCCUCCCCCACCAGCAAGAAGAGUGUGGCCCCCAAGGCGGGCUUCUUCCCGAGGCCCGGCGGCGCGGCCCCCCCGGCCCCUCCCACUCGAAAGUCCAGCCUGGAGCCCAGGAGCAGCCCGGCCUCGGCCCCUCCCCACGCCGUGAGCCUGGUGCGAGCCGGAGCUGCUGCCAUCCUUCGCGGGGAGGAGGAGUCCAGGCCCAGCGGCCGGGCUGACCAUGCUGUCUUCAGGGCCACGUCCAGCCUGAGGGCCCGGGCCGGCAAGGUAGACACCGCGCACCGUCCUGCCGGCCACGCGUCUCUGGAGCGGUACGAUGGCCUGGCACACAGCAGCAGCAGCAAGGGCAGGGAGGCCCCUGGGCGGCCUCCCCGGGCCGUACCCAAGCUUGGUGUGCCACCCUCCAGCCCCACGCACGGUCCAGCUCCUGCCUGUAGGAGCAGCGUGGCCAAGGCUGUGGGGGCCCCCAAACCCCCUGCUGGUGGGGGCAAGGGCCGUAGCCUGGUGGCUGGUGGGUCUCGGGCUCUGGGGUCUUCAGUGAAGCUGUCGGCAGCCUCUGUGGCGGGCAGGAGUCCCGGUGCCCCUGUGGCAGGUCCCAGAGCGGUCCCACGGGCCGGGCCCAGCGUCGGGGCCAAGGCCGGCCGGGGCACCAUCAUGGGCACCAAGCAGGCGCUCUGGGCCGCUCACAGCCGUGUCCACGAGCUGUCGGCCAGUGGGGCCCCGGGACGAGGCGGCCCCUCGUGGGGCUCGACGGACUCGGACAGCGGCCACGACAGCGGUGUGAACGUAGGGGAGGAGCGGCCUCCUGCGGGCCCGGCCCUGCCCUCCCCCUACAGCAAGGUGACUGCCCCGCGGCGGCCCCAGCGCUACAGCAGCGGCCAUGGCAGCGACAACAGCAGCGUGCUGAGCGGGGAGCUGCCCCCCGCCAUGGGCCGCACCGCCCUCUUCCACCACAGCGGUGGCAGCAGCGGCUACGAGAGCCUGCGGCGUGACAGUGAGGCCACUGGCAGCGCGUCCUCCGCCCCGGACUCCAUGAGCGAGAGUGGGGCUGCCUCCCCGGGCGCCCGCACCCGCAGCCUCAAGUCCCCCAAGAAGAGGGCCACAGGUCUGCAGCGGCGGCGCCUCAUUCCUGCCCCACUGCCCGACGCCGCUGCCCCGGGCCGCAAGCCCAGCCUCCCCGGGCAGUGGGUGGACCUGCCUCCGCCGCUGGCCGGCUCCUUAAAGGAGCCGUUCGAGAUCAAGGUGUACGAGAUUGAUGACGUGGAGCGCCUGCAGCGGCCCCGCCCCACCCCGAGGGAGGCCCCCUCCCAGCCCUCCCAGGAGGUGAAGGGUCUGGCAUGCGUCAGCACAAGGCUGCGGCUGGUGGAGCGCAGGCAGCAGCGGCUGCGGGAGGUGCAGGCCAAGCACGAACAGCUGUGUGAGGAGCUGGCUGAGACCCAGGGCCGGCUGAUGCUGGAGCCUGGCCGCUGGCUGGCGCAGUUCGAGGUGGACCCAGAGCUGGAGCCUGAGUCAGCCGAGUACCUGGCGGCCCUGGAGCGCGCCACGGCUGCCCUGGAGCAGUGCGUGAACCUGUGCAAGGCGCAUGUCAUGAUGGUCACCUGCUUCGACAUCAGUGUUGCGGCCGCGGCUGCCGUCCCCGGGCCGCAGGAGGUGGACGUCUGAGGCUGGGCACCGGUCAAGAGGCCGGGACAUGAGGGGCCGGAGGACAGGACGUGGGACAGAGCGAGGAUGUGGUGGGGGCUGUGGGAGGAGCGUGCAGAGGGGUUUCUGUGCAGGACGGGGGUCUUGGAGUGGAGACGGGGUGUGGCGGAGGGAGGGCGGCCACGUGUGGAAAGAGCAAGGGUGCCAGAGAGACCAGAGGACCACCGCCACCCAGCAGCAGCGCAAGUGCCUUUGACCUUGAUUUGGACUUCCCUCCCUUUUGCAUUUGGUGCUACAGACUCGAGACACCAGCAGCUGUGCUCAGCCCGGCCCCGCUGCGUCUUUCUGGGCCAGGGCUGGCAUGGGUCGUGUUUGCGCCCAUCUUGCCUUCUUUGCAGCCAACGGUUUCGUGGAGCGGGACUUACCUGCGUGCCCCGGAGCCUUUCAGGAUUCAGGAUGACUUUUUUUACAAAGGUUUCCUCGGCAGAGCCUGGGUUGUGGGGAUCUGUGUGGGGUUCCCAGUGCAGAUCCAUCCCGGGGUCUCCCGGGCAGGGACAGCUGACCCUUAGGUCCCCUCCCUUCCCGGGAACCUGCUCUGUCCGGAGAGCAGCUAACAAGGGCUGAGCCACAGGCACAAGUGGCCUCUUCCACGGCAGGAAUUUUUACCAAAACCACAAGCAAAAAAACAAAACAGACCACCACGAUCAACAGCAGACAUGGGGGGCUAAGGGUUUUGUAAAGGUUCUGUUACGUUCAUAUUUUUAUAUCAUUUUUCCCAUAAAUACGGAAUUUGCCGUGGGAAUUUGAAGACAAAUGAUCUAUGUUUUUAUGGUUUUCUAGGGAAGGUGUCCUGGGGGCCGGGCUCUCUCCAGCUGCGGGAGGCCGGCCGCUUCGGGAGGCACCCUGGGCAGGGUGGGGGGCCUUGGGAGGCGCUUCUUGCCAAAUGCAGAUGAGGGGUGAGCAUUGGCGACGUUCCCCGCAUGACAGGCUCAUGUUUUCUGAGGGUUGUGCCUCAUACAGGACGUCUGAACCUUUGUACAAAUGUGUAGAUGACAUCUUGCUACAGUUUUAUUUGUGAAUUAAAGAUGCAUCGAUGGUUCA